AUGAAUCCAUCUGUCACAGCCUGGAGCAGCCAACUCACAUCUAUAAGUGGAGGAGAACAAACUUUCAACAUGGAGUUCCUAAGCCUGGAAUUACUGACACCCAUUAUGGCCCUGGUGGGGCUGGCAGGGAAGGUGGUGGUGCUCUGGCUCCUGGGCUUCUGCAGGCGCAGGAAUGCCUUCUCCAUCUACAUUCUCAACCUGGAAGAAGCCAACUUCCACUUACUCUGCUCUUAUAUUAUAGAUGCCCUGGAGACACUCAUCAGGAACUUCUAUCUCAUCUACAUAUUCAUCCCACACUUUUUCAUGACUGUGUUCUUCUUUGCCUACAUGUCAGGCAUGAGCUUUCUUAGAGUUAUUAGCACAGAGCACAGCCUGUCUAUCCGGUGGCCCAUCUGGUGCCACUGCCACCACCUCAGACACCUGCAAGCCCUCAUGUGUGCUCUGCUCUGGGCCCUGUCCCUGUUGCUGAGCAUCCUGUAA